CAACUGAGUGUCUCAGUGACACCACGUCUCUGUCUCUCUGGCCUCACGAUGCAGGGAAGGUUUGCUUUGUUCCUGGUGGGACUCUAUUUCCACAUUGCAGAUGGUGUCAUCCCAGAAGCAGAAGAGAAUCCCAGUUUCUGGAACCAGCAGGCAAGAACUGCCCUCCAGGCAGCCAAGCAGCUACAACCCAUCCAGACCUCAGCCAAGAACCUUAUCCUCUUCCUGGGAGAUGGGAUGGGAGUGUCCACUGUGACGGCCACCCGGAUACUCGGAGAAAAUCUGAAUGGAAAUCUUGAAACCCCACUGUCUAUGGAUGGGUUCCCUUAUGUGGCUCUGUCCAAGACAUACAAUGUGGACAGGCAGGUCCCCGACAGUGCCGCGACUGCCACUGCCUACCUCUGUGGGGUGAAGGGCAACUACAGAACCAUUGGAGUCAGUGCUGCUGCCCGCUAUAACGAGUGCAACACCACCUGGGGCAAUGAGGUUUUCUCAGUGCUGAAGCGAGCCAAGGAAGCAGGGAAGUCAGUGGGAGUGGUGACCACCACCCGGGUGCAGCAUGCUUCACCCUCCGGGACAUAUGCCCACGUGGUAAACCGCGAAUGGUACUCAGAUGCUAACAUGCCUGCUGAGGCCCUGGAAAGUGGCUGCAAGGAUAUUGCUUCCCAGCUGGUUUCCAAUGUGGACAUUGAUGUGAUCCUGGGUGGGGGCCGCAAGUACAUGUUUCCAGAAGGAACCCCUGAUCCGGAGUACCCAAACCUUAGCAGUGAGGAUGGAAUUAGGAAGGACGGUGAGGACCUCGUCCAGAAGUGGCUAGACCGCGCACCGGGUGGCAGAUAUGUGUGGAAUCGUGAACAGCUACUGAAUGCAACAGAGGACCCCACAGUGACUCGUAUCAUGGGCCUCUUUGAACCUGGAGACACUAAAUAUGAGAUACAACGCAACACUUCUGAAGACCCCUCCUUGAGGGAGAUGACCCAGGCUGCCAUCCAAAUACUCAGCCAAAAUUCCAAAGGCUACUACCUCUUUGUGGAAGGAGGCCGAAUUGACCAUGGCCACCACGAUACCACCGCAUACCUGGCCUUGACUGAUGCUAUCAUGUUUGACAUGUCUAUUGAUAAGGCCACUCAGAUGACUGAUGAAAAGGAUACUUUGAUUGUUGUCACUGCAGACCACUCCCACGUCUUCUCCUUCGGUGGCUACACCUACAGAGGCACCUCCAUCUUUGGACUGGCUCCCAGCAAGGCACAAGACGGAAAAGCAUAUACUUCCAUCUUAUAUGGAAACGGACCUGGCUAUAGCCAGGUGAAUGGUAGUAGACCAGAUGUCAACGACAGUAUCAGUGAGGAAGUGUCCUAUAAGCAACAGUCAGCUGUGCCCUUGGCGUCAGAGACUCAUGGCGGGGAAGACGUGGCCAUCUUUGCCAGAGGUCCCCAGGCCCACCUAUUCCAUGGCGUGCAGGAGCAGACCUAUGUAGCUCAUGUGAUGGCCUUUGCUGGCUGCCUGGAGCCCUAUCAGGACUGUGGGCUCUCAGCCCCAGAUGGCAGCUCCCAGACAUCGGGAUCCUUCCUGCUGCUGAUCCUUUCCUGGCCUUUCCUGCUCUUAGCAGUUCAGCACUGAUCUGGGACCAGCUAACUCCCAGCCACCAUCCCUUCCUCCACCUUCCAGUGGCUUCCUUGGGGUUGCUGGCUGUGUCACUAUAGGAACUACCCCAUGGGCUCCUAACAUACUCUCACCAGGGACACGACAACUGCCAACAAAUAAAUUAAGAAUCAAAUCCCUGAAUCAAGACUGUUCUUCUUACUGAAGUGCGCCCCCACCCCUGUCCCCAGUAUUGGGAACCUUCUCCUCUGCCUCUACUGUUAAAUGGCAACUUGGGGUGAAUUCCCCUGUUAAUCUUCUGCUAGCUUCCUGCUUCAAGGCUUCUCCUCAGAUG